AUGCAAUUGUUCCUGCUCCUGUCAAUCUUUCUGGUCUCUGGGGCAGAGACAGGGAAGAUCAUCGGGGGACAUGAAGCCAAGCCCCACUCCCGCCCUUAUAUGGCAUUUAUUAAGAAGACAAAGUGUGGUGGCUUCCUGAUCCAAAAGGACUUUGUGCUGACAGCUGCUCACUGUAAUGAAGGUGGUCUAGUUGUCACCCUGGGGGCCCAUGACAUCAAAGAGACGGAAGAUACCCAGCAGCGCAUCCUUGUGAAAAACAGCAUCCCCCACCCAGACUAUAAUAGGAGGUUUUAUUCCAAUGACAUCAUGCUGCUACAGCUGAGUACAGAGGCCAAACUGACAGCAUUUGUGCGCACUCUGCCCCUGCCGAGUAGAAAGGCCCGUGUGAGGCCGGGGCAAGUGUGCAGUGUGGCUGGCUGGGGCCAGACCUCAUUGAAUAAAGGAACAAGCAAGCUGCAUGAGGUGGACCUGAUCAUGCAGGAGGACCAGGAAUGUAAGUGCUUCUACCCCAAGCACUACAACAAUACCUCCCAGUUGUGUGCAGGAGACCCAAAGAAAAAGAUGGCUUCUUUCAAGGGAGACUCUGGAGGUCCCCUCAUAUGCAACAAAGUGGCCCAGGGCAUUGUCUCCUAUGGAAAUAAAGAAGGGAAUCCUCCACGGGUCUUCACCAAAAUCUCAAGUUUCCUGCCCUGGAUAAAGAAAACCAUAAAACGCCUCCAACUGGAAGAGUCACCCUGA